AAGAGAUUGCAGCGCGGGCAGCGCCACACCAACGCGGAAACGAGUGAAGCGGGAAAGAACGCUCCUACUUCGACAGCUCCAGGAAAUCCUUCAACGGGUCCCGGGGCCAGUAGUAACAAAACAACUCGUCCUCGAGCUCGCAGCUGGUCCUCGAUAUGUUCAUCCGACGACUCAGAUCACGACCCCCGUGGAUCCGGAUACAACAAGCGGAAGGGACUGCGGCUGCAGAGUGACCCCAAUCGGUUCUGG